AUGUCAACACCACAACCUCAACCCGCGCCUCAGGCGCCACAAAUUACAACAACUUCCCCUGCAGGACACACGACCACAGUCCCUUCCUCGCCCCCGGCCCACACGACCAAUACGCCUCCCCAACCUCUGGCCGCCACUUCGUCUCUUACGCCAAAUGCACCCACGAUGACUGCCCCAUCGUCAGCGCCCCUCCAGGCUGGGCCUGUCCAAGCCACCUACGCCGACCUGGAGCCUCUGACCUAUAACGAACAGCUCAACGCCGUCGACCGCCUAUGGAAAUUUAAGCUCGCUCUGACCGCCAUCCUGAUAGUGACGGGCAUCAUCGGUAUUGGCUGCAUAGCCUGGGCUGUCAGCACCGCAAAUGAAUUCCGUUCGGGCUAUGACUACGGCUACGACAGCACAUGGUCUCUCCCCUGGGGGUUGAUCACACUCUCCAUCUCCGUCAUCUGGUGCAUUCUCUGUGUAGCGCUCUUCCUCAUCCGCAAGCGCCCUGUGCACCCCGGCGCACGCGUCACCAUGGAUUUACUCCUCUGGCUUGGGUUUUUGACGACUGCACUGUUCGCCAUGGUUGCGCUCGUAGAUCUCUUGCAAUGGGGCGAGUACGGCACGCUGGGCUACUCUUCAGGGUGGAAGAGCAGGUAUGGCGACUACGUGCUACAGCGAAACAACACCUGGGUCUGGGAACAGGACAGCGGCUCCUCGUCCGUCACGUAUGAGCGCACCUGUAACGGCUCAACGUCCUCGACGAACUCUUAUAGCUACUAUUAUACCGACAAUCCUUUUAAGAACUGCGCCGAGAUGGACGCCUACGUCAAUGCACUCUGGCAGGCGAAGCCAAAACGCGCACGCACUGAGUUGACGGGCGUGGUGUGUCAAUUCAUUGGUCUGGCUUUGCACUUUGCGCUCUUCGUCUGGGCCUGUGUAGACUGCCACAAGCACCGCCAUUCUAAAGUCUCCAAGGACGCAGAGAAGAUUGCAGCAGGCAUCGUCGAGAAGAUGGUACAGAGUGGCGCCGUCGUGCCACCGCCUGGACGGGCGCACAUGAGGAUGGAUGCGUGGCAGCCAAACUACCACCCGCUGCCCAGUGCAUCCAACAGCUUCGCAGGCCAAGGACAGGGCCACUCGGUGCCAGGACAGCAUCCCAUGUACGCACACCCGAUGCCGGGUCAGCCGAUGGGAGGGCAGGGCGUACCACCGGGGCCGCAGCCGUACGAGCAGCCGUUGCCUCCCCUGCCGAAGCGUCCCCAGCAAGCGGGGCCAAGUCAUGAGAAAGGGGUCGCGGCAAGCUACUACGAGCCGGGACAGUAA